CUUUGAUAUCUUUCUCUGAUUUUUAUAACUGAAAUUUACUAAAACAAAUAAUUCAUAUUUUGAUUUUAAAAGGAAAAAAUCGAAUGUCAGAUAAGGGAAGAGAGAAUUUUGGAUGGUUUUUUUGAAUUUAAAAAUGAAAAAGGUUCCUUCCGAUUUCUCUCCUUCAUCUUCCUUAGUGGGGUUCGUUCUCCUCUGUAAUAUUUUGCUUCAAGCCCUCUAAACCGCUGAAAUCAGGUGGAUUGCUUCAUUGCAGUUUUAAAGUUAGUAACUUUCUCAAUCUCUUCUUCGCCCCAAUUAUUGCUCUUUUCAAAUCCUGCCAAAAGAGGAAAACAAUUCUCGUCUCUUUGAACACCCGUGUCAAAUCGAGACAUCUGGGUUGUUUUGAUUGGAUUCCGUGGGAGUCUAUCAAUCUCAGAUCGUGCCAAGGUUUCAACUGUUACUGCUGGGUUUUGGGUCUUUUCUCUUUUGCUGACUUUACAGGUUAUAAAUCUCAAGUUAAUCGUUAGAAUGAAGUUGUUAUUAUGAAAUUGGCUACAUUUUAGAUACGCCAUUAUCAGUUUUUGAUCCAAGUCGAAAAAAAUUUGAUUUUGAGGGAAGUAGUAGUAAUUAGCUUGACACUAACAAUGAAAAGGGUAAAAAGCGAAUCUUUUAAAGGGAAUUAUAGCUCUAGGAGGUUCAAGUUGUCUCAUUUGUUCUUGGCUAUAGCUGGGUUUUACUUAGUUUUUCUAGCGUUCAAGUUCCCACAUUUCAUCGAGUUGGUCACUAUGUUGAGUGGAGAUACUGAUUUAGAUGGGGCAUUGAGGGAUACGGUAGAUGUUGGUUUAAGCGGGUCGUUACACAGUGAUAUGUUGCAUCGAAAGCUAGAAGACGAAGAGAGUCAAAGCGGGCCUUCUACUACACAGAAGGUGCCACCAGAAGAGAAGAGAAGUGGCUCUAAACCGAUUCAGCCACUUCAGUUUCGGUAUGGUAGGAUAUCGGGGGAGAUCAUGAGACGUAGGAACAGAACUGUUCACAUGUCACCCUUUGAAAGAAUGGCGGAUGAGGCUUGGAUGCUUGGAUCCAAGGCUUGGGAAGAUGUCGAUAAGUUUAAGACUGAAAAUAUCGAAGAGGUUCCUGUUAAUGCUGUUGAGUCAUGCCCUUCUCAGAUCUCAAUGAACGGAGAUGACUUGAAUAAAGCCGAUAGGGUCGUGUUGCUUCCAUGUGGUCUUGCUGCAGGAUCUUCUAUAACGAUUCUCGGAACUCCACGGUACGCGCAUAGAGAAUCUGUUCCACAGCGUACGAGGUGGGCAAGAGGCGAUGGGACGGCUCUGGUUUCGCAGUUUAUGGUUGAGUUGCAAGGGCUCAAGACUGGGGAUGGGGAGUAUCCCCCUAAGAUUCUUCAUUUGAACCCGAGAAUUAGAGGUGAUUGGAAUCACAGGCCGGUCAUUGAACACAACACAUGUUAUAGGAUGCAGUGGGGUGUUGCUCAAAGAUGUGAUGGUACUCCAUCCAAGAAGGACACAGACAUGCUUGUUGAUGGAUUCCGAAGGUGUGAAAAGUGGACGAAGAAUGACAACAUUUACAUGGUGGACUCAAAGGAAUCCAAGACAACUUCUUGGUUCAAACGGUUUAUAGGACGUGAACAGAAACCAGAAGUCACUUGGUCAUUCCCUUUUUCGGAAGGCAAGGUCUUUGUCCUAACUUUGCGAGCUGGAAUUGACGGUUUUCAUAUAAACGUUGGAGGAAGGCAUGUUUCGUCAUUCCCUUAUCGACCGGGGUUCACCAUAGAAGAUGCCACAGGGCUGGCAAUUACAGGAGAUGUUGAUAUUCAUUCUGUUUAUGCUACUUCCCUUUCGACAUCUCAUCCGAGUUUCUCCCCUCAGAAAGCAAUAGAAUUUUCUCCAGAGUGGAAAGCUCCUCCAUUGCCUGACAGUCCAUUUCGCCUUUUCAUCGGUGUUCUGUCUGCAACUAAGCAUUUUUCAGAGCGCAUGGCAGUGAGAAAGACAUGGAUGCAGCAUCCUGCUAUUCAAUCUUCACAUGUAGUAGCCCGAUUCUUUGUUGCUCUUAAUCCAAGAAAGGAAGUUAAUGCAAUGUUGAAGAAAGAGGCUGAAUAUUUUGGAGAUAUUGUGAUCCUGCCCUUUAUGGAUCGCUACGAGCUAGUGGUCCUUAAGACAAUUGCUAUUUGUGAAUUUGGGGUUCAGAAUGUGACAGCUCAAUACAUAAUGAAAUGUGACGAUGACACAUUCAUCAGAGUGGAAUCAAUCUUGAAAGAAAUCGAUGGAGUCCCUCUGGAACAAUCUCUGUAUAUGGGCAAUCUAAAUCUUCGACAUCGUCCUCUUAGAACUGGCAAGUGGGCAGUUACAUGGGAGGAGUGGCCAGAAGCUGUGUAUCCUCCUUACGCCAAUGGACCUGGAUACAUAAUCUCAAGCAACAUUGCUAAAUACAUAGUUUCUCAAAAUUCAAGACAAAAGCUUAAGCUAUUCAAGAUGGAAGAUGUGAGCAUGGGAAUGUGGGUGGGGCAAUUCAACGCCACGAUGCAGCCUGUGGAGUAUUCACACAGCUGGAAAUUUUGCCAAUACGGGUGCACACUGAACUAUUUCACUGCACAUUACCAAUCUCCUAGUCAGAUGAUCUGCCUGUGGAAUAAUUUGUUGAAAGGCCGAGCACAAUGCUGCAAUUUCAGAUGACGAAAACAUUGCACUAGUCAGGAGAUUAUUACAUGAUUACAGUCUUGGCACCCUCUUGUAAACCUUUUUUUUUUGUAUUCUUCUCUUUGGUGCUAGCUAUUUACACUUUACACAUAUGAAUCAUGAUAACAAUCAGUUAUUGUACAUUGGUGUAGGAAUUUAGCCUCAGAAAGAGAUCUAUGCAAAUUUUACUAAAAACUCUUUGGCAUUGAUAAACCAAGGUCUCUGUACUAUUAAUCUGCUGGUCUUUAUGAUUUAGCUUGAGUCUUGGUUAUCGAGAUUUGGCUUCCAGCAAAUUGCAUUCGCUUGAUCAUCUAUCUGCACUUCUUGCAUCGAUUCCCAAGCUUUUGCAGAGUCCAAGGUGGGGAAACAGAAGAGAUCUCCAGGUAAUGCUGAAUUGUCUUCUUCCUUUCACAUGUCCAUAGAGAGAAAAAGCUAGUCUUGAUCUGAAGAACAAUGAAUCGGCUUUCAAAACCCAUCUUUUGACUAGUUCAUAACUCUGUUGGGGUUCUGACAUUUUGAAGUCGAACACUCUGCUUGAUUCAUCUUUAAAGGAUGCAUCUUUCUUUUCCGACAGAUAAUAGCGGCGGCUGUCGAAACUAAUGCUAUUGACGACAAUGCCCACACGAAACAGAGCAAAAUGCCUCCAUGCUCUGAAACCUCUGUUCUGCUACUUCCCAUGGUCGAGAAAUGCGUAAACCUCUUGCAGACGUAUGGCGUUUCAUCUCUAACGAAACUCAGACAAAUCCACGGGGUUUCGAUCCGCCAUGGCGUCUCAAUCUCCGACGCCGAGCUUGGCAAACACCUCAUCUUCUACCUCGUGUCUCUUCCUUCUCCACCUCCCAUGUCCUACGCUCACAGGGUCUUCUCCAAGAUCGAGAAACCCAUCAACGUCUUUAUUUGGAACACACUGAUCAGAGGCUACGCCGAGAUUGGUAAUCCCGUCUCUGCUGUCACUCUCUACCGCGAGAUGCGAGUCUCUGGCUUGGUGGAGCCCGAUACUCAUACUUACCCGUUUCUUCUCAAGGCCGUGACGAAAAUGGCGGAUGUUCGGUUGGGGGAGACGAUACAUUCCGUUGUUUUAAGAAGUGGGUUUGGUUCGUUGAUAUUUGCUCAGAACUCUCUGCUCCAUUUAUACGCCAACUGUGGAGACGUAUCAAGUGCGUACAAGGUGUUCGAUAAAAUGCCUGUGAAAGACCUUGUGGCGUGGAACUCUGUGAUUAAUGGGUUUGCAGAAAACGGUAAACCAAACGAAGCUUUAAAGCUUUAUACCGAAAUGGAUUCCAAGGGAAUCAAGCCCGACGGGUUCACAAUCGUUAGCUUGUUGUCUGCUUGUGCAAAGAUUGGUGCUUUGACAUUGGGUAAGAGAUUCCAUGUUUAUAUGAUCAAAGUUGGUUUGACACGAAACUUGCAUUCCAGCAACGUACUCUUGGACUUCUACACGAGGUGUGGAAGAGUCGGAGAAGC